GGACACCCAGUAUCAAUCUGCCUUGCGUAAAGCAUUUGAGUGAUUCGCUGUGUUGGUGUAAACAGUGCCACAUCACUACAUCAUCUCGCUCAGUAGUUCUUUUAAGGCUUCCCAUGUAACAUCUCCGUAUCCGAAUUCCUAUCAUUCAAGCCGCGGCCGAGGUUUUGGAAUCUGCGGGAUACGUUCAAUCUUAUAACCUAUUUCAAGUCAAAUCAUUCAAUACACCAAAAAUACCCAAGUGAUUGCCAUUGACCCAUGUUCAAAAAUUCGCAGCUUUUUGAAUGUUAAUACCUUUGAGCCUUGAAUUGUGUUGAAUAUUGGUAGAAACACCAACCCGGUCCGGUUACUCGCCCCUACAGACUGCUCAUUAUGACGUCCAAGCAGAUGCCCUCUUUUCUCGCCUCCGCUCUCGUUGUCCUGCUAGGAGUCGUCUGUUUCCCAAUUACCUGUUGUGUCAUCUGCACAGGUGGCUUCCAGCCAUCUAAUACCCAACGAAUUCAGGAAGCACGAAGAAAAGAGGUGGCCAAAGCCCGUAAAAAGAAAAUCAGGGAUCAACCCAGGCCCUUGGAAGAGAGGAGAAAGCGAGAACUAUCUCUCGAGUCCACCGAACGGAGGAGGGAUUUUGCCAAUGUAUUUUCGACUUGGAGGAGAGAUAGAAAAACACCGGCACGCCUCCUUCAACUACCACCCGAGAUUCUGGAAAAGAUUCUACUGGAGGUUCUGGGCGGGAACACAUUUCAUCUAAUCCAAUGUCGUCGUCGAUUAGGACACAUUCGCUGUAAGGAGCCUUAUGAUGUCGACCAUGCAGCCAAUUCUCAAUACGAUAUUGUACGCUCCUGCAUUCCUAGUGCCCAAAGACGAAACUACAUGGCAUCUGAAUGGAUGCGCUACUAUAAAAGAACGUCCUCCCCAUUCUACACACGUUCUGAUUCUUGCCUCGCUGUUCUUCUCACAUGCCGCCAGUUAUACAACCAAGGAAUUCCCGUUUUGUAUUCCUGCAACACGUUUGAUAUCAAUAAUCCCGAGACAUUACUUUACCUUUCACAGACCGUUAUUCCAUCAAGGCUCAAAUCGAUAAAAUCUCUACAAAUAGAUGUUAAUGCAUCUAUGGUUACUGCAAAUUCGAGCCUGCUUCGCCCAAUAGUAAAGUUUUCGGGAUGGAAAAUGUGUUUAGAGAUAUUGGAAGGAUUGGAAGGAUUGCAGAACUUAAGGUUGAGGAUGGACUUCGAUCUACUGCAAUGUUACAACAAUGACUUUUUUAGCGAUGAGCUGAUCCAGAAGUCUUUCGAAGAUAUGCUGGAGGCUAUCAAGCUUAGUUCUCUGAGAGGACUGAGAAGAUUCAGCGUCGAGACUAAUAGUCGGGAUACCAAAGGUGUUGAACAGAUGGCUGAGAGUGUGCGUGGUAUCAUUUGUGCUUGAGUAGAGGAUUCAUGCGUGUGUGAGGUGCCUCAUACAAUUAUUCCUAAGUUUAGGAUACAGCCCUCGGGGGAGUGCAGGAAGUAUAAUUAUAAAAACUUUUGUUCACUUCACUUUCGCCAUACCUCAUUUGCAUACCUAGCUAGUAUUCUUGUGGGACUUAAGGAAAGAAGGAGCAGCGUUAAAUUUGCGCCUUCAUUGUUUGAAUAAAGUGCAAUGUUCGAGAUGAAUGAAACGUUCCAAAUAAUGUAAAUAGUCCAAUUGGAUUAACACA